AAUUAAAUCGCUUUCUGAAGAAAAGUCUCGAUUAAUGUCAUUCCUAUGAUUAAUAUUAUCAUCGCCAUUUAGAGUUAAAAAAAAUACUUUGUCGUAGUUAUGGUAUUCUUUAAGCAAUUAUAUUAUUUCUUAGUGCUUAUUUUACAUUAUAAAUUGUGUAUGGGGUAUUUGGAAUAUGAUAACUGGGUGAAUAUCGCGUUAAGUCAUGCCAUUGACCAUAAGAAUCCAAACAGCUUUGCUUAUAGGGGAAAUAUAACGAUAUCAAGUCUAGAAAUUGGAUUAGCUAAAACGAACCAAGAAGUCUUAACUGCUAUUCAAAUUCAAAAUCUUGAGGAUUUGGCAAGAGCAAACCAAAUGUACAGGUUGAAGGCGGAGGUGUAUUAUGCUGAUGGAAAAAGACAACAAUUUUUGAGCUCAACUAAGGCGUGUAAUCUCAUUAUGUCCAACUUAAACGAUAUUCUAUGGAUUUCAAUAGAUCACAACGGGUAUAUAAAUGCCGCAACGGUUUUGACUUCUAGAUCUGAUGUUUGCCUUUUAGCGUCACUUCAAUUGCUGCACAAAAGGACAGCACUCUUUCCUUGGAUAACUUUCUCUCUGGCCCUCUGCAGAGUAUACAUAUAUGUAGUUUAUCAGCUAAAUUCUUCCAAAAUGGACCAAAUUCAAAUUCACCACUACGCACAGUGGGUCAGAAGCUUCUAUGAAAAUAUAUCAGUGUCUGGCUUGGAAGACUUUAAUACGGAUGUUCUUAUUCGACAUACAGAAAUGGCGCCGUUUCCAGAUACUACGAGCUUUAUUCAAAAAUUAGAAAGGGAAAGAGAAGCUAGAGAACGAGGGGAUGUUCGAGAUAACCGCGGAUUUUUCGCUAAAUAUUGGAUGUAUAUUGUUCCAGUCGUUUUGCUGGUGUUCAUAUCUGGAGCGACUAAUCAGGAUAAUUCGAAAUAAAUUAAACCUAAGAAAGUUUACUAAUAAAAUCAAAAAUACGCAUUCGUAAUUUUUGAAAUUCUUGUUUCAUAUGUAUACAUUAAAUAUAUAUAAUAAAGCAACUCUGUUGCAUCUAUUGCAAAAAAUGCGUAAAACUCGUAACAAAUAAAAAGUGGUUAUAAAUCAA